AUGGCCGAGGGCGGCCACGCCACCAUCUACGAGGCGCGGGACACGGGUUCGGGUGCGCGACUGGCGGUGAAGCGGGUUCUGGUGCCCGAGGAGCGUGCGGCGGCGGCGGCGCGCGAGCUCGAGAUCCACCGCUCCCUCCGGCACGACAACCUCCUCGCCCUGCUCGGCGACUCGCACGAACGGCGUGAGAGCCCAGCCACGCAGAGGCGGAAGGACGGCACGGAGGAGUUCCUCGCGCUGCUUCCCUUUGCCGGCGGCGGGCACCUGUGGGAGUGCGUCGCCUCUGCGCCAAAAGGGCCGGUGGGCAGGCGAGGGCGCAUGGAGCUCGAGGAGUGGGUGGGAGCCCACACGACGCCAAUGUACCGUGCGCCAGAGCUCUGCGAUUUGCACAACGGGCUCCGGCUCGGCCCACCGGCGGAUGUGUGGGCGCUGGGCUGCUUGCUGUUUACGCUGUGCUUCGGCGCCAAGCCUCACUGCAACACCUCCUUCCUUGCACCAGUGAUCAACCAAUGA